AUAAUGGAUCUGGGAGGGUACUUCAAAAGGAUUGGAUUUACAUGCCAAUAUGACAAAGCUGACUUGAAAACUUUGAACACUAUCCACAAGCUGCAUGUUAUGAAUAUUCCAUUUGAGAACUUAAGCUUGCACUGUGGGGAGAGGAACACCAUGGACCUGCAGAUCAUUUAUGAUAAAAUUGUCAAGAGCAAUCGUGGAGGCUGGUGUUGUGAAAACAACUUCUUGUUCUCAUGGGUCCUGAAGGAGAUGGGUUACAAAUACACCAUACUAGCCUCCAAUGUGUUCAACAGGGCGAAUGAUCUCAACCCCAUGGCAAGUCAUCUCAUCAAUCUGGUGGAGAUUGAUGGGAAGCCUUACAUUGCUGAUGUGAGCUUUGGGGUGUCAUGCCAAAUCUGGUAUCCCUUAGAGAUGAUCUCAGGUAAAGACCAACCACAGCCUUCCGGUGUGUUCCGACUCCUAAAUGAUGGGACGAGGUGGAUUCUGGAGAAGACGGGAAGGAAGCAGUUGGUCCAAGAUAAUGCCUUUGCUCAUUCCAGCCUCCUUGACAACCGCCUGACGAAAAAUAUAUAUUGCUUCACAUUAACACCGCAUAGUUCAGAUCAUUUCCUGGAUACAUGCCAACACCUGCAGACUAGUCCAGACUCUCUGUUCAUGCUCAAAUCCAUUUGCUCCCUUCAGACAUCCACAGGCUUCAGAGCUCUGAUUGGCUGGACUUUCAGUGAGGUCACAUUCAAUCCACAGGAGGACUCAGACUUGGUAAAUAUGAAAGAAAUCCCAGACAGUGAAAUUGAAGAUUUACUGCUGGAAAAGUUUAAUGUAGUAUUAGUUAAUAAAUUAACUCCUAAAAACAACAAAGCAAAGUAUUGCCUUUAGCACUCUGAUACUGAUCCAUGAACCAGUGUAUUUUGUAAUAAUAUUAAAUGAAAAGUUUAAUAACUGUGCCACAUUUUGUGAACAAAUAUAUGCAUCAAUAGAGACGAUUUCACCUUAACCUUUUUGAAAUUAUUUCAGCAAAUUGCUGCUACGAUACUGUAUGCGUAGUGAUGCAAUUUAUAUACUUUUAUAUUAAUUUAUAAUAUAUUUUCUAUAUUAUUAAUUUUAUACUUAUGAAAUUAUGAAAUGCACUCCCCACAUGCUGAUCACACACAGCAAACAUAUUUUGUAGUAUAAGAUUUCCAACCACGGGAAUGUGUUAAGCAGGUUACAGGAGGCACUUGGAAAUACAUUUAUUUUUAAACCUAUAAAAUAUGUUAAAAAUAAAUAAAAAAAGAAAGAUGUGUGUUAUAUGUGCAAGUUUUAUAAUUUUGUGUGCAUAAAAUUUGUAGCAGAAAAAUUUAUACUUUGCGAGUCUGCUUUUGAACCACAGUAGUGACUUAAAUAAAUUAUUAACUUGUAUUUAAUAUAAUACAGUGUAAUUAUGUAAUUUCAUAAUUGUAAGUUCCUUAAAGCAGAACCAUAAUGAUCUAUAUUUCAAAAAUAAUUCUGGAGCUAUUGUAAACCCUUAAGGUAUGCAAACACACACACGCAAAAGCUUGACAAUUUGUUGUGUGAUGCAUGAGGGUUUAAGAAUGUAAUAUUCAAAAGGACCCUGAUACAUAAUCCAUAACUUUUUUAAUGUAAUUAUUGCAUGUGUUCUCUUUUUUUUCUUGUUUUUCAUUUCUUUAAUGUCUUGUAAUUGUGGUUUUGGAGUAAAUAAAAAUUACAUU